AGCUUGAUUCUUUUUUCUUUACGAAGUAAUGCAACAGUGAUCUCUUUAUGAUUAUCACUUUGUAUAUUGUCUAAAACCAAACUCUAGGUAAGAAUUAAGAAAGUUCCCAACUCGUUGGGAAGCCACUUCCAGAAAAGUUGGAAAAUUUAAGUUAAUAAUAAACUUAUCUCUCAACCUAUUACAAGUUAAAAUUAGUUGCAGACUAUAGUGAAAUCGAUACAUUAUCUAAUACUUAAAAGCUUAAUAUGAAUCAUAUAAGUACCUACCUAUUUAAACUUACAUGUAGAUUUUUAGAUAAAUUUAUGCUACUCAUUUUGACUACAUGUAGAUAGAUUGCACCAAUAUGAAUUUGACGUAGUUAAUGAUUGAUGUAAAGAUUAUUAUUAUUUUUAGAAACUUGUGCAAUACAUUUGAAAUUCACUGAGUUUGCGUGAAGAAUAAUAUAAAAACUAUGGGAAAACAUAAAAAAUGUUAGUGUACUUUUAAAAGAGUUGUUCGAUAUCGCACUCUUAUCAAAAGUGUUUAAUAACAAUUAAGUAAUUUUAAAAAAAUGUCGGCUAAAAUAUUCUUAGAUUUGCCUGGAAGUGUCAAGAUGCCUGUUCUUGGGUUUGGAACUUGGCAAUCUGGAGACGAAAAGGAAUCUAAAGCUGUAUUAAACGCAGCCCUCGAGGCGGGUUAUCGCCACAUCGACACAGCUUACGCUUACAAUAAUGAAAAAUUUAUUGGGGAUGUAUUGAAAGAAUGGUUCGCUUCCGGAAAACUCAAACGAGAGGAUGUGUUCAUCACAACAAAACUACCCAUGUACGGUGUGCAUCCCGACAGAGUGGAAUUUUUUAUGAAGAAAUCUUUGCAGAAUUUGCAGCUCGAUUACGUAGAUUUGUACUUAGUACACUUUCCUGUUGGAGUUAAAUACGACGAAAGUACAGGUCGACCAGCGUUAAAUGAAAAAAACCGUUGGAUUGCGGAGGGUAAAACAGAUCAUGAGGGUAUUUGGAAGAAAAUGGAAGAACAGGUAAAAGCUGGCCGAACUAAGACAAUUGGUUUAUCAAAUUAUAACAUUUCUCAAAUUGAAACAGUUCUUAAACAUGCAACGAUAAAACCAGCGAAUUUGCAAGUCGAACUUCAUGUUUAUUUGCAGCAGCGGCAGCUGGUUGACUUUUGUCACAAAAAUGGUAUAACUGUGGUAGCGUUUUCGCCACUUGGUUCACCUGGCUACAACAAAUUUCUGAAACAAAUGGGACGAAAUGAGAAACAAUUGCCAGAUAUUCUAGGAGAUCCCGUUGUAGCUAAAAUUUCUAAAAAAUAUUUGAAAACUCCUGCACAAAUUGUACUAAGGUUUCUUAUUCAACAAGGAAUUUCGUGUAUUCCAAAAACUAUAAGUGAAAAACGCCUUAAAGAAAAUAUUGCAGUAUUCGACUUUGCAUUAGAUGAUGGUGACAUAAAGGAGCUCCUUAAUUUGGACAUUGGAGAGGAAGCUAGAGUUCGCGAUUUUAGCAUUUUUGAAGGUCUUGAUGAACAUCCAGAUUUUCCCUUGAAGACUUAGAUGCCAUAUUAUGUGUUAGUUGUGUUCUGUUUAUGUUAUGUUGGUACCUACAUUAAUU